UGUCACAUCUUGUCAAACUUCGGUUCAACUGGAAUCUUCAAAUGACCCGAUAGCGCGGCACGGCGUAUCGUCAUUCCACGUCUUACUUCAGUGAUCGUCUAUGUGUUAGAGAUCAUUGUCAGGUCUCACAGAGUUCAACCCAGCACAAUAGACUCCGUGGACUCGUAGCGGACGGAGCGUAAGGAUUCCACCUGACAUCAGAAGCCGAAUUACCACCAUUCUCCACGAGGAGGUAUUCUGACUCGAGAUUCACCUCACCUUGGUCACCCGUCCCAAGGAUAUCAGUAUCAGGGAUCGCAAACGUCUGAUCAGCGACGAAUGAACCGCGAAGACUACUCUUGGCUGUCUGAAUGGGCAGGUGGUAUCGUUGGAUUGGUCGAGAAGCUGGGUUCGACGGAUGACGAGAUGCACAUCGCAUUGGAGUGUCUCGACCUCGUUGCCGAUACCGAUCCACAGGGACUAGCGGAGCUACUCGCAAGCGAUCAAGCGUGCAACAUUCUCCAGACAAUGGACACGGUCGCCGCCAGAUCGAUGCUGGGGAAAGUGUACAUGGCAGAUCGCACUCAAUCCCCCUUGACAUUGCCUGACGAGAAAACUCGGCUGCACGCCUGGGCACACUUCCACUCCGACCCCUCUCUCCUCGUUCAUCUCUUGGUGCCUACUACAGCCGAGCUAUUGGCAGUAUCACCUGGUCAAUCAACCAGCAACAUCGAUCGCCUGCUAAAUCUGGCCAGCCAAAUCAGUACGAAGCGAGAUACGAACUCUUCGCGUCAUUCUGAGAUGAUCCUUGACAUUCUUUCUGAUCCGCCAAAAGAUCCUCUUACACAGCUUGCUCUCGCACGCAGACUCCCAGAACUAUAUGUACGGUCUCGACUUCAAGGGACGACACGGAGACUCAAUCUCGAUGCCUGCUGUGCCAGACGUAUCGUUAAGACUUUGUUCGCCCUUUCAACAGAGAUCAUCGAUGGAAGAGAGUGCUGGAGCAUAGCCAGAAACCUCGCGGGACCGUACCUUGAGUAUCUGGAUACGAAUGAUCCGCUUGCUCAAGCAUUCAGCCCUGAGACUGUCCCUUCUGUCGAUCGGAAGCUCUUUAUACCUGGAACCUCUACGUCUCAGGCCACGACGCUCACAUCUUCCGAGCUCAUUUCUCUGCUCGCACCAGAGCUAUACACGACACUCCAGACAAGUCGAGUUCCUCCUCUCGGGAUCCCUGCUGGGUCCAUCCUUACAAGCUACAACACCCAACCUCAGGCAUCGGCAUCAGCUUCCGCCUUUGGAGGCAAGGUUUACUCAUUACAUGAGUUUAGACGUGAGAGGGAUGCUGGCGGGUUAGGAGGAAGCGGUCUUGGCGUAGGCGCUUGGGUGAGACCCGCCAGCCGACACGUUGAUGAUUUUGGGGGAAGUUGAAGUAGACACCGUCCUCAACGGCUCGCACGUUCCCUCUCUGGACCAGCUUGUCAUCGUGACGAGGGAUCAACGGUCGACAGAGUUGACAAGGGGCUGACAGUGAGAUACCGGCCAUUCCGGUCAGGUCUUUUCUCGCAUACCCUUCCACAUAUAGGAUAUCUGGCUGUACAGGACUAUCAAGAGCUAUAUAGACUUCCUCUGGUCACCUUGUCCGCCCUCCAUCCCAUACGCCAUGCAUACCUUAUGCCAGACAAGCGUGCACCCAUAUAGCUCCAUAGACACUCGCCCGCCACGUGAUCCCUCUGUGCGGAUUUGCAAUUGAUCAAGUGC